GUAAACUGAUUGUGGAUGUGAAGACCUAAGGGUGUAUCUUCUUUUCAAGUAAAAUCUUGAUCUUUCGAUCAUCCUGCUAGAAUCAAACAGAUCUUGUAGUGCAGUCAUGGCAAGAGCAAACCAAUUUUCACUGUUAAUGUGGAAAAUUUUCAUCCUCCUUAAGAGAGCCCCAGUGCGAACUUUUUUUCAGAUUGCACUGCCUCUCCUGUUCAUAGCCAUCCUAGUCUUUCUGCGAGCUUUCAAGAUAAAGAAUGAGUACAAACCAAGUGUCACGUAUCCUGCCUUUGAGGUGAAUAAACUUCCAUCAGAUGUGUCGAAACUCAAUCAAAUUGCGUUUGCACCUAACACUAGUGAUGUACAACACGUUAUGCACCGUGUGGUUGAGCAGCUUGGAUUUGCACGUGCUGAGCCCUUUAGCAGUGAAGAGGAUAUGGUUAGCUCUUUAGUCAGUUUACAAGGCAAUAACAAAACAUUCCUCGGAGGAAUUGUCUUCAAUACAAGUCCGAACGGUAGUAAUAUUAUAUACAAGAUCAGACUGAGCUCAAAGACUGAUAUAAAGCAAAAUGGUGGCAAGAAAGAAAGGCAAGGGUUUGGUACAAGUCCUUCUACAACCUGGAAUACUCAGUUUACAUUUCCAGUUUUACAAGUUCCAGGACCAAGGAACAAAAAUGCCUCCCAUGGUGGCCCUCCAUUUUAUUUUGAAGCUGGAUUUUUGGCGAUUCAACAUGCAGUGGAUGUUGCUAUCAUGAAUUUCCGGUACAAAGGGAAGAAUGAUACACGUAUGCUGAAUACAACAGUGUCAGUAAAGCGGUUUCCAUAUCCUGAUUACACUCAUGACAAUUUUGUUCUAGUGAUACAAACUAGCCUUCCUCUACUUUUGAUGUUAUCACUUAUUUUCACUGCCUUGAACAUUGUCCGUGAUGUUGUCUAUGAAAAAGAGAAAAAAUUAAAGGUAAGGAAAUUCAAUUUUUAUUUUUAAUCAGUGUUAAUAAUAUUUGGAGGCUCUUCAUCCAUGACCUUGAGCAGUAGUCGCUCUCAGAUUUAACAGUCAUGUAGAAAAUGUAAAUUUCCAGUGGAAUAUAAUCUAUGCAUGACCAAUAAUUGAUGCAUUCAGCGUGCAUGCUCCAUUGGAACACUUUUCUACCCUCUCAUACAACAUAAUUAGCAUUUUUUUCAAGUCUCUUACGAAUAGAAAAUAAAAAUCUCCAGUGGAAUCUAUUCAUAUCCAAAUGGAUUCCAUACACUAAGGUAACAAAGGUAAGACUUUUUGCCUUUUCACCACUAGAUGCAAAGUUUCUCUUCAAGGGAAGCGAUAUAACAAUGGCAAGGAAUCCAGACCUAACACGUAAUCUGCCACAAUACUAACUCGGCUGCCAAGGUUAAGAAAUUUGAGUGUUGUAAAUAAUAAAAAAGAAACAGGCAUUGAUAAACAUGGAGAAUCUAAUUUGCGGAUUUGCAGGUGUGCAGGCUUGACUUGAUCCUGCAACUCAAACCCUGUCCCAAUCCUAACACCCCUAGUUGGACCUGCACCUGCACCUGCUCCUAGCAAAUAAUAAUUAUAUUAACCCAAGGGUUGUCCAAUACUGUCAACUAGACUCUAGAUGUAUCCUAGCAUGCAGAGAAAGUAGUGUCCGAUAGCCCGGGACUAGUGGAUUUUGCUAUCGCGCUAGUGAAUUCUGUUAGUAACUUUCCCGAUGGACAAAUGAAUUUUUUUGAGGAAUUCAAAUUACAGAAGAACUGUGAAAUCAAUCUGCUCAUCAAAACGCUUGGGCUAGUUGAAAUGAUAUUUGGGCUAGUAAAUGUUAGCUUCAGCUUGCCUUAAUGGCAAGCUGUAAGAAUGACAUUCUUUGCACCCUAGGGGUGGCGGAUGGUAAAAUCCGAGACUUGCCAAGACGCCGAGAUCCUAGUUAGAAAUCCGAGCCCGAGACUCUUUGGUGAAAAGUUUCGAGACUCAAAAAAAGUAAAACCAAACCUUGAAAAAACGAGACUUUGAGACUUAUCAAAAACGCUUCCGAGAUUUCGAGAUCCUGGCAAAAUUUUCCGAGACCCACGUUUUUCGAGGUACCAUUCGCCACCCCUCACCCUGUAUCCCCAUUGCUUUCCUUUGGAAAACCAGUAUUCACAACAUCUCUCUUUACCUGACCCAGUUGUAUUAAUGGAUAGUAGUCUGGAAACAUUGCUUGUUGGGUUAACCCUAAGUUGGACUAUAUAUAUAGCAUCCUAUCCAAGGGGAAUUGGUGCAGUAAUUCUUGCUUUUAUAGACAAUGAGUUGAGCCAGCCCUAGUGACAUGCACCUUGACAUCUACCUUUUAUGUUAUAUUUAUUGAUAGAUUUGAUCAAUUUUAAAACAGGUAUUAAUAAUUCUACUUAAUUUGACAGGAAUCCAUGAAGAUGAUGGGACUGAGUGGCUGGUUACAUUGGCUUGCAUGGUUCACAAAAUAUUUCUUGUUCCUCCUCAUCAUUAUGGCCUUUGCAACCUUUUUCUUUACCGUAAAAUUCAACUCCAAUGGCCGUGUCCUGAACAAAACUUCUCCAGCUGUUCUGUUUGUUUUCCUUAUGCUCUAUGCAGUCUCUUCUAUUAUGUUCUGCUUCUGCGUUAGCGUAUUCUUCUCCAAGGCAAACAUUGCUGCAGCUGCUGGAGGGGUCAUCUGGUUCUGCAAUUACAUCCCAUACUUUUUUGUGGCACAGUACUAUGACACAAUGAGCGUAGGAGCCAAGGCUGCAUCGUGCCUUCUCUCCAACGUCGCAAUGUCAAUGGGAGCUCAGCUGAUUGGCAAAUUUGAAGGAGCUGGCAUCGGAUCUCAGUGGUCGAAUCUUAACCAAGGACCUUCUAUCGAUGAUGAUUUUACUCUUGGUCUUGUCAUGGUCAUGUUUGUGGUAGAUUCCUUGAUCUACGGUCUUAUCGCUUGGUACGUUGAGGCUGUUUUUCCUGGAGACUUUGGUGUUCCACAGCCGUGGUACUUUCCUGUUUUACCCAGUUACUGGUGUGGUAAAGGCAAAGAGGUAAGGUAGAGGUUUUAGAAAGCUUGGUACCUAGAAUCAUUAAACUAUCUCCAUCGUAAGUAAUUAGAUAAAAUUAAUGUAGGAGUGGGGAUGGGGUAUGUGAAUGUUUGAAAACCAAGUGUCGCUGGUGACUGGUUGUUUUGCCUAUGAGUCAUUUUGCUAAUGUCCGCUUCGCUAAGGUCCUCAUUUGUUCCGCUUAAGAAACUGAACCAGUGAUGCACAUGUAUAUACUUCCUUCUUUAAAGCCAUGACACAAAAAAGUGUGACACCUAUGUAUACAUACCUGGUUUGUUCUUUAAGCCACAGAUUACUCAUUAGGCAAAAGACUUUAGGGAACUGACAAAAUUAAUGUUAAUGAAUUGACUAAUGAGGUGAGCUAGCAGAAUUUGGUGAAAUGACAGGCACUACAACAAUGAAUCAUACGGUCAUGGUUAGUACAUACUUUUUCUCCAUCAGCCAUAACACUUUACAUCUGUCUUGCCCCCAUUAUAAACUCCUGCUCCAUUGCAGCUCUCUUCAUCUUCUUUAGAUGAUAACAUUAUUGCUCUUCUUAGACUUGCACCCCUGAUUGCACAUGGCCAACCAUACCCUUAACGUUACUCAUGCCUUUAUUUUGCUUUUAAUUAAUUAUUGUUUUAAAUUUCUACUUAUUUUUUAUAGGUGGAGAUAAAAGAGUUCCAUGACUUAGAAAAUGGCUCCAGCCAAACUGGGAUGUCAGCACCAGAUUUCUUAGAAAAGGAACCAGUGGGUUUGGUGCCUGGAAUUGAAAUUAAAAACCUCAAAAAAGUGUUUUCUACUGAAAAAGGUUUGACUUGAGUUAGUUAUUUCUUCAUAUAUCAGGGCUCUGCUCUAAAAUCACCUGGAGGCAAUGUAGAGACCCCAGGCACCUUCAUUUGGCACUGAUUGGGUGGAGACUAGGAUAUAUCUUUGACAAUUUUACUUAAGAAUCAUAUGUUGGGCACCCUGGAUUUCUCAGGAUCAGUGCACUCUACCAUUAUUAUUUUUCUUAGAGAACAGCUUUUCACACACGUUAUCAUUAUUAGAUAAACGUGUCUUUGCUAUUUUAUGUGAGACAACACUAACUUGUGUGUAAGUUGUUUGAAGACAAUUGAAUACAGACAGGGCCAGUAAAAACCAAAUGCCAUUAUGUAUAUACACCAAGUUGCCAGGAGUAUUGCCAGCAUGGUAAAAUUUAUUAUACCUUACUCUUCUACUGAGUUUUAUCAUAAGGUUACUGUGUAAAGAAAUCCAGAUUGUAACCUUCGCCAAGCAGUGGCGGAUUUAGGAGAAUGGUCCCCACCUUUUUUACAGACAAACCAAGCCCGAGAGAUAGUAUUUUUUAAGAGGGAGUACAAAAAACUACUGUUAUCUCAGGGUAUUGAUGAGUGGACCCAAUUAUCUGAAGUCCUGGAUUUACAAGUAAUAAGUUACAUAAUCAAAUUAUGAUAACUAAGUUUCCUUGUUUGAUUUCAAAAAUCAUGUUUUCAUUUCAAUCUUUCCAAAGUGUACUUUUUAAAUUUAUUUUAUUUUUUCUUAUUUUAUAGGAAAGAAAGUUGCGGUUAAUGGAGUAUCACUGAACAUGUAUGAAGGCCAGAUAACUGCUCUACUGGGACACAAUGGAGCAGGGAAAACAACUCUUAUGUCUAUGCUGACAGGGUUGUUUCCUGCUUCAUCUGGCUCAGCUCUUGUUAAUGGCUGUUCCAUUAGAGAUAACAUUAGUGGAGUGCGCAGCAGCUUGGGUAAGUUAUGUGUAUGCUUGACUUCUAAUCAAGAGAGGUUCUGAACUGCUAUGAUAAUAUUGAAAACAUAGAAUUAAAGCUAUUUUUGUUAUUUGUGAGAUGGUAGUAGGCUCGAUUUCUGCCACUCUUUCGUCAGUCAUCAUCAUCAUCAAUCAUCAUAAUCGUUAUCAUCAUCAUCAUCAUCAUUAUCGCCACCAUUGUCACCACCGAAAUCACCAGCAUGUGUUUUAGAAACCCUGAAUAAAAUACUUGUUGCUAAUCAGAAAAUUUUGCUCCAGGCCUUUGUCCUCAACAUGAUGUGUUGUAUGACCAUCUGACUGUUGAGGAACAUCUGUGGUUCUUUGCUAAGUUAAAGAACUGUCCAUCCCACCGUGUACGGCAGGAGGUUAACAGAAUGAUUGAAUGCAUUGGACUUGCUGACAAGCGACAUACACAGACCCGUGCACUGUCUGGUGGCAUGAAAAGAAAACUUUCUGUUGGAAUAGCACUUAUUUCAGAUUCCAAGGUUGGCAUGGUUUAUGUCAUCUUUUAUCCCUACAUGAAAAUUUCACUUGUAGAAAAUUAUUUAUGUGAGUGUAUUGAAAAUAGCCUGUAUAAUCAAAGGCCCUCUGAAAUACUUAAAUGAUAGAUUUUCUUACGCUUGUGCAUACUUAAACUUAUGAAUUCCCUACCUUUUAAUAUACCUGAAGCCUGAAAAAGGAGCUUCCCGUCGAGGGAGUCCCCCCCCCCCGCCGCCGCCCCCACACACACACAUGGGGAGAAGCAGCGCCGUAUUCAUGAGCUGCCAUGACCGUGUAAGCUUCUACAAGUUACCUGUAGUUUAAACAAACACCGCUGAUGAUGAUGAUGAUUAUGAUGAUUAUGACAUUGAGUUUUAUUUAUUAACAGGUUGUAAUGCUGGAUGAGCCAACAUCUGGCAUGGACCCCUCAGCACGCAGAUUCACCUGGGAUUUGCUACAGCAGCAGAAGCAAGGAAGGACUAUACUUCUUACCACGCACUUCAUGGACGAAGCUGAUAUUCUUGGUGACAGGAUCGCCAUCAUGGCAGAAGGAAACAUCAAAUGCUGUGGAUCUUCCCUCUUCCUUAAGAACAAGUAUGGAGUGGGCUAUCACAUGGUUAUUGUAAAAGAGCCCCACUGUUGCGUAUCCAAGAUUAUAUCUGUGGUGAGCGGUCAUGUGCCUACAGCAAUGUUAGAGAGCAAUGUUGGUGAGUUUAAUAUGUUCAGCUGCCCGUGUGAUACCACCAUUCUCUUACCACUUGUGAGAUCGUCCGUUUUAACGUAUUGGGGAGCUUAAGCAACAACGGCAGUGAUAACGUCGCUAAAAAUGAAUUUGCGUCCUUUCAAACUUAUUCGCGUCUAUUUGAAUCCGCUCUAGUCAAAUGAAGGCCAUUGAAUCCGUGAGGACUUAAAUAUCCAGGUUCAAAAAGAGAAAUUAAAAUUCGUCCACGUAUGUUCACGUCCUCCAUAAAACCAUAGUUAAUCAUUGUCAUUAGGAGGUCUUGUCAAGGAAAUGUACCAAAAAGCGUGAUGCACGUGCUGAGGUGUUGUUUUGCCCAUAAAACCAAUUCUUUUGGACGUUGUCGUUGUCGUUGUCGUCGUCGUCGUCGUCGUGGUAUCUAAUCUACAUGUAUCUACUUCUCGUAUUUUUCAAGUUAACUCUUCUAACUUCUAGGCCAUGUUGUUGUGAGAUUAUUUAUCACUUACCGUAAAAUUCCGAAAAUAAGCUCCGGGGCUUAUAUUUUUCGAAGGCCCUUUUUGAGGGGCUUAUUUUAGGAGGGGCUUAUAUUCGGAGGGGCUUAUCUACGGAGGGAAAUUUGCGUUUUAAAAUCGAUUGGGCUAGCCUUAUACUUGGAAGUAAAUUUACCGUUUUUGCUUUGUUUUACUUUGUAUUUGAGGGCAAUUUCCAAGUACAAGCCCCGGGGGGGCUUAUAUUUGGAGGGGCGAUUUAACGGAGGGUUUUUUUGCGUUACGAGUUUGGAGGGCUUAUACAUGAAAGAGGCUUAUUUUCGCAAUUUUACGGUAACUUUUUAAUCUUAGGACGAAAUCCUAUCGUGUUAUCAUUCAAAUUAAACCUCUUUGGCAGAACGUUUGCAUAGUACUAUUUAUUUCGUAGUAUUUUACAAAAAGAAAUUUGAAUUACCGGUAUUUUGUAAUUUUUUUCCUCGGCUACUAUUAGAAGUAAAGGGUUGAACGUGGUAGAACACUUACGCUCAAAUUACCAACCAUACAAACCAUACAAACCUGCCAGCGGCAAGAAGCAAAAGGGAACAGUGCACGUAAUUCUUACAAUUUGUGUUGUUGUUCUUUGAGCAGGUGCUGAGCUAUCAUUUGUUUUGCCAAGUGAAGCUACUGAUAAGUUCGAGGGGCUUUUCUUGGAGCUGGAAAAUCGCCGGCAGGAGCUUGGCAUCGCUAGUUACGGUGCUUCAGUUACUACAUUGGAAGAAGUGUUUCUCAAGGUUGGGGAGGAAAUGGACAGCACACUCAGCGAUAAACUACAAAAACGGGAUGAAGAAGGUUGGUUAUGAUUAUGAUAGAGAAAAUAUGUCUUUUGUUUCCUUUUUAAAGGCUGGGGCUGUGUCACACUAUUUGCAAUCUUUUUAAAUAGAUAAAAUGUGUCGUUACAUCAAUAGAAUUCCAGAAAUAAUGGUACAUUUGUGUUAUUUAAAAACUAUACUUGGGCAUUGAAACUGUUUCCUGUCGUCUGUUGCUACGGAUGGCAGGAUCAUGAUGGAUGUGGAAAAUGUUGGGCCACCCUCUAAGAAAGUGACUCGCAGGAGAAGAGAGAAAAUGAGAGACUACUGGACUAAGCCUAUGUGUUUGACCCUUCAUGGUCGUUUGAUUUCAAAUCGCACUCAAUGAAAUUUCUUUUCUCGUCAUUCCUUUUCUCUCUUCCCCCCGCGCGCCACCUUGUUCGCGCGUGGUGUUACGCGCACUCUUUCAAGGCAGCAUUGGAGAAUACUUGUCUGUAAGACAAAGUUGAGCGUACUUAGUAGAUUUUGGUGAGUAAGCGUCAUGAAGGUAACUGUAUUACUACGUUUGGUUCCUCAGAGACUUCCUCAGUAAAUAGAAUGCAAGUGAAUGGAAAAAUCCCAAAUGAGACAGAAAGAUCGGUCUUUUCACGACUGGGAACAUUCGGAGUAGCGUCUGGUGGCUAUGGCACUUUUAGCGACUACAGUAACUACACCCACUCUUCUGGGUUUCGUCUGUUUCGUCAGCGGUGGUACGCAAUGUUUGUUAAGCGCCUACUUCACUCCAAGCGUCACAAGCUGUCUCUUGUUGCACAGCUUCUCCUUCCACUGGUGUUUACGCUUAUUGCACUCAUUAGUGCCAAGACUUUUCCUCAACCCACUGACUCACCGCCUCUUGAUCUCACGACUAAUAACUACCAGAACAACUUCGUUCCUUGGGCUUCAGACGGGUAAGUGUUGGCUCCUGAAGUAUUCUAGUCUCCUGACUUCGUAGCCGUCCUUUGAAGGGAGGAGCGUUGCGUUACGACUCUGCGGCUACUUUCGGCUGGAGAGAUGCGACGACCGGAAAUACGUCAGCGUCCGCAGGCUACUGCGUAUAAGACUAGAACUAUUCGUAGUUAAGAGCACGAUGAUUUAAAGGGGGGGGGGGGGGGGGGCGGGGGGGUUUUCGGGGCAUAAGGGGGAGGGGGAAGGGUGUCUGAAAAAGGAAGUUUGAAAAAGGGAUGGAAGGAAAGGAAAAAAAAAGGAAUUUCUUUUCUGUUCGCUUUUGGGUGUCCUGUUCCCAAAAAAAGCUUUAUUUGUCAAAGUUAUCGAAAGGGGUUCGGUGUGUACUUGAGGGAAGUCGAGGGCAGGAAGAAGGCCAGUAGAAGCGGAACUGCAGGUACCCAGGAUAGUUGGGAAGAAGGACGAGAGAUUAGUGCGUAAGAGGCACGGGAAUGUAGAGGGGGGGGGGGGGGGGGUGACGUGGGGUUAUUGGAGCAUAAGUGGGAAGGGGAAUGAUGUCUGAAAAAGCAAGUUUGACAAAUGGAUGGAAAGUACAGAGAAAAAUAGGAAUUUCCUUUCCGUUCGCUCUUAGGUGUCCAUGUGCCGAAGAAAGCUUUAAUUGGCAAAGUUAUCGAAAUAGGUCUAGUUUAUAUUUUGUUCCGAGUGUGUCCCGUAGUCUUCUGAUGGGAAGUCUAUACUUUUGAAGUAAGUUGGAAGGGGCGUCAGUUCAUACAAAGCCAAGAGCGAAACGAAAAGCAUAAUAUGCUUGUAUAACUAAAUUUGUUAUGGCACUUCUAUACCUUUUCCCUAAAAGAACAAAGUCACUCUAGAAGGAGAUAUCUCUUGUAAGAAAACAAAUAGACAGCGUGUUUAGUUACUGAUUGUUCGCUGAUCUUCUCCUCAAACCAAUGUAAAUACACAAAACCGAAAAUUGACAUUUUAAAUCUCGCUGAGCUCAGGAGCUUGGUCUCUUAGGUGUAAAGUCAUAUCAUAGUUGGUUUUUGUUUUCCAAAUAUAGUUCUUCAGAGACAAAAUCGUUAGCCGAAAAUUUCCGAACUCAGUGGCCUGGUGGCGAUACAAAGCCUGUUCACGUAACUGGUGAUAUGGAAAAGUACUUAACGACCGAAGCCACGAAAGAUGGACUUGGAGGCUUUAACAGGCAUGAUUUGAUUGCUGCUACUUUUGCAAAGAAAAAUGGAACAGGUAGGAUUUUUUCUUGGGAGUUAUCCAACUCAAGUUCAUAUUUCUAGAAAGUUAAAAAAAACAGACCCAUAUCUUUCGACAAAAGAAAUCAAAACCAGACCACUGCAAAGGACCUUUCCAGUUCUGUAGUAAAGAGGACCAGACUUCGUCACCCUGACAACUGUAUUUAUGCAUGCUUUCCCUGAGCAAAUGGUGAAACCAUUAAUUAAAAAAAUAUGAAAAGGCAAUGAAAGGAGCUCCAAUUCAUUAUUUGAAUCUCAAAGAGUUGUCUUGAAUUUGAAGGAAAGCUCAACGCCAGAUCGGCAUCUGCAUCGGCCUGGUGGCGAUAAAAAGCCUGUUCACGUGACCGGUGAUACGGAAAAGUACUUAACGACCGAAGGCACGAAAGAUGGACUUGGAGGCUUUAACAAGCAUGAUUUGAUUGCUGCUACGACAAUGAAAGGAGCUCCAAUUCAUUAUUUGAACCCCACAGAAUUGUCUUGAAUUUGAAGGAAACCUCAACGCCAGAUCGACAUCUGCAAUAUCAUCGGCUCGAAUCCCAUCGCAGAGUUAUGCCGAUUUUUUCUAUGAACCUUAAUGGUGACGUUAAGGUUAUUUUUUCUUUAUUUUGCAAAAACGUUUGAGUACCUUAAAGAACGUAGACCAUCGGCUGGCCAUGUUUGCACUAAGAGAGGGGUGGGUUGGUCAGAUAGCCCAUUGCCUUGGAAGGUUUCCUGAUCUUUGUUCAUUUCACUUUGUUUCUCAGUUAAUGUUACGGCGUGGUUCAACAACCAAGCUUACCAUGCUAUCGCCGUGUCACUUGCGGCUGCCGACGCUGGUCUACUGCGGUCUGUCCUGGGAAAAAACGUCUCCAUGACAACUGUAAACCACCCGUUGCCAAGAACAGUUCAAGAAUCCAUCAACGAUUUACAGCGGUAAUGCUAACCGACACACUAAACUGUCUAGAUUCUUCUAUAACACAGUCUGUGAACUCCUAUUUCCUCUCUUUUUUCUUUCCUGUUUAUUCCUUGAUUCACCCGUCCUUUUUCAAUUGUAUAAUUUUUUAAACUUGGCCUCUUGACACCGUGGUUAACUGCUUAUGUGAAAGUAGUUGGCAGUGCAUGCAGACACGGGGCACCAAAGACUGUAGAAAAAGUUUGUGCAUUUGUCUGAAGUCCACUUUCGGGUAAAGUUCCACCCAGGUUACCAGAGGUAGGGGUAUCCUUUACGGGAAGCUGCAGGCCAACACAUCUUCAGCCAAAGGCCGCAGCCACAAACGGCCAAGCGGCGAGAAAAAAGUAGGUCACUGUAUAGACUUCACCGAAACGGGAAAUCGCACAUGAAAACUCUCUGGCAUGUAGGUUAGUGAAUUUCCCUCCUUAUUUGAUUGUAAUCAUUUCAUUAUUUUUAUCAUUAUAAUUAUUCCAUUUACUGCAGCAAUGGACUCGGCUUCCAGAUCUCCUUCUUUGUGUUAUUUGGCAUGGCUUUUCUGGCCUCCAGCUUUGUAGUGUUUCUUGUUCAAGAACGAGCAAACAAAGCGAAACAUGUGCAGUUUGUCAGCGGCGUUGACCCAUUUAGCUACUGGGAUUCUGCCUAUACCUGGGACCUUAUCAAUUUUCUCCUCCCGUCCCUCUCGAUUUUGAUCCUUGUAGCAGCUUUUGACGUACCAGCCUACACUGGUAAGUAAAUUAUUUAUUUUGAAAAGCCUACAAGGCAAUUCGAGUCUCAAUGCCUUCACGUUUCCAUCAUUAAUCGUCCGUAAAAAUACCGUAAAAUUCCGAAAAGAAGCCCCUCCAUGUAUAAGCCCCUCCAAAUAUAAUCCCCCCAAACCGGUAACGCAAAAAACCCUCCGUUAAAUCGCCCCUCCAAAUAUAAGCCCCCCGGUGGCUUGUACUUGGAAAAUUGCCCUUAAACACAAAGUAGAACAAAGCUAAAACGGUACAUUUACUUCCAACUAUAAGGCUACCCCAAUCGAUUUCGAAACGUAAAUUCCCCUCCGUAGAUAAGCCCCUCCGAAUAUAAGCCCCUCCAAAAAUAAGCCCCUCAAAAAGGGCCUUUGAAAAAUACAAGCCCCGGGGCGUAUUUUCGGAAUUUUACGGUAUUUUCUGUGCUGAGACGUGAACUUCGAAAUGGAUAUGGCAUGUUAUCAUGGAAAACUGGUUUGAACUGGAGCUGGGAACUCAAACUACUGGGACUAUGCCUAAGUGUUCGCUAACGCGAAAUACGUCUGCAUUUACCAUUCUUUCUGCAGGGUGGGGGGCGAAGUCAAUAGGCACGAAUUUAUGCUAUUUUUGUGCUUCUUUUCCAUUUUCAAACUGCGGCAGGUUUAGCACAGUCGGUAGAGCUCUUGACUAUAGAGUGGGAGGUCGCGGGUUCGAUUCCCAGGGACUGGACCAAUACUCAGGGCUCUUAAAACAUAUACUUUGACACUCAAAUAAAGUGUUUUUUUUACUCUAAUCAACCAUACAGUACGUCAGUUUGUAAUUUGAAUCAGAGUUUUUUCUUUUCUUUUAGGUCCUCGCUUAGGUUACUUGUUCGUGUUACUGAUGUUGUAUGGCUGGGCCAUCAUUCCUCUCAUGUAUCUCUUCUCCUUUGUUUUCCGCACCGCCUCCACUGCCUUCGUGGUUCUAACUAUGUUCAACGUUAUUACUGGCCUGGCUUGUCUACUGACUGUAUUCAUUCUAAGCAUUCCAGGUAACUUGUCUUUUUUAAAAAUCUUCCUUGUCAAUGAGAGCCUUAAGACUUAGGAAAAACUUGAGACCGAAACGGUGGAAAUUGAUAUGAUGUUUGGAGGUUUUAGCUCGUAGUGCCGGGGAGUGUUAGACCAUGUUAAAGUUUAUUUCCUUUGGACCUACCUGAACUUGUCUGAUCCGCCGCGGAUGUGUAAAAUAGCGCCGGGGAGAUAAGUAAGGCGUUAUGGUCACGCUACGGCUGUCGUCCGCCACGCCGAUCGCGGAGCGGUGUUCCCCCCUUUACGCCAUAUGUGUUGUUGUCAUGUUUUUAUUAGACUUAAAUUUAAAGCCAAGCCAAAGGAAAUGCAACAUUAAAACCUCACCUCCUUUAACAUAUUGUUGUUGUUGUUCUUUAUUUAUUUAACCCUAGAACUUGAUCUCCUGGACGUAGCAAACGCUCUGAAAUGGGCCUUCCUUGUUCUGCCAAACUACUGCCUGGGUCAAGGCCUAACUGAUAUAUUUAAUAACUACAAUGCCCUGGAUUUCUUUAACAAGGCUCUUGAUAUGUGUCUUCAUACCAAAGUGCCCUUCUUUCACCCUACUAAAGCUAAGUGCGAAAAGCUCAUUCGAAAAUAUGGCGGCAGUCAGUUGGAGUUUCAAGAGAACUACCUGUCUUGGGACAACCCUGGUAUUGGACGCUACCUGGUAUUCCUGGCCUUAGAAGGGCUCGUUUUCUACUCCCUUGUUCUAUUAAUUGAGUAUGGGGUUUUCAACCGAUUUACGGGAAUCUUCAGGCGUAGUUUUUCCACGGUUGGGCUGCGGAGCGAAGAGUCUUCAGUGGCCGAUGAUGACGAUGUUUUAGAGGAAAAAAGAAGGGUGAUGUCGUCAGAGAACAUGGACGACGUGCUUGCUAUCAAGGAGUUAACUAAGGUCUUCUCAGGAAAUGGACGUGAGUACAAUUCGCUAGCCUGUGUAGCAGGCGCUUGGAAGUAGUGGGCGAAAGAGAGAACGGGCGCGCGCGAGGGAGACACGCGAGGGGUUAGGGAGCUACCUCUCCCCUCGCGUGUCUUCUUUUCGUACACCCGUUUUUUCGUGUGCCCACUACUUCCAAGCACCUGCUACGCAGGCUAACAAUAGGCCAGUUGCACUAAGAGGUCACGUGACCAAUGCUUCCUUUAAACAAUGAGUUGGAAUCUUGCUGAUGCCAAAAAUUGUUAGAGCGCACAAAAAUUAUCUUACACCCGAAAUUUGGGAGGAAACGCAUUUAAGGGAGAUAUCUUAUGGCACUUUGAUUUUUCAGCAAAGUAGUAUGAUUUGUUUUGGCCGCCAUGUUGGAGGGCAUGCUUUUGCCCUCCAACAUGGCGGACAAAACUACGUCUUGCUUAUAUCUUGUUCAACGUUUCAUAGGUAUGCUCAGAUGUGCUGUAAACGUUAUCACAUCAUCUUUUCAACAUUUUCCUUGAAGAUUAAGUGCAAAAUUUGGGUUCAGAGAGAGGUAAUUCAUAAUUUUAAAAAUCACAUUUUGGUCACGUGACCAUUUACGAACUUAUUCAUUUUAAGAAAAUGGUGCGGAUUUGAAAAACCAAAUGACUAUUAUUUUGUUUAAGGUAUGACCCACUAAUCGUUUUUCGUAGGCAAAAUCAUAUAACUUUCAUUUUCAUAAAAACGAUGUCACAUGCCUCUUAAUGCAAAUGGCCUAUUCGCGGGUUUUUGUAUCGUAAGUACUUCCUGUCUAGGCAUGAUUCAGUAACAGGAAAAUCGACAAAACUGACGUAUUGAUUUAUGCCUGCGAUGAUCUAGUCCCAAGAAUUCUUUCACAAAACACUUAAAGACAUAUUUAUUUCACCAAGCUUUUUCUUAAUUUAUAAUUAGAUUUCUAUUUAAUUUUCAUACUUAUAUGUACUUGUUAGAUUUUUUAGAGUUUUAAUACAUUUUUGUAAAGCGCCUAGAACAGUUAAUGAUAUAGACGCUAUAAAAAUAAAGUUUAUUAUUUAUUAUUACUAUUAUCCUCGAGUAGUGAACGAUGAACACAAAGGGUUUUGAAUUCUGAGUCUACUUAACUUAAUAUCUGCCAGACAAUGAAAUGAGGAAAUCGAUCCUUUACAUGUAAGAAUGAAUAAAAUUGUUACAGUAGACUUUUACGUGCAGCUUUGUCCAGUAUAAAAGCUGGAAAGACCGUAUAUUAUGAAGAGCUUCAGUUUAUGGAGAACCUUUCCUCAAUACCCAAUGAAUCGUAGGCUACUUGAUUACUUAGUACUAUAUAAUGGUAAUAGGACUGAGUGGAGUCCAGUUCCAGGGCGCAAAGAAAGUCAGUUUUACAGCCUGCUAUUUGGGCAAGCUGUAGCUAGCAUAUACUAGCCCACAAGUCAUUUCAAUUAGCCCCAAAACCCUUUUUGAUUAGCAGGAUUGAUUACAAUCCUUUGUAAUUUGAAUUUCCCCAAAAGACAGCACUUGCCCAUUGGGCAAGUUAAGAACAAAAAUCACUAGCCCGAUAGCAAAAUCCACUAGCCCCGGGCUAUCGGACACUACUUUCUUUGCACGCUGAGUUCGGUCUGUCAUCAUACGAGUGAUAAACAAAAUCGGACGACCGCGUAGCGAGAGUCCGUUUAGUUCAUCACGAGUAUGAUUAUGUUGGUUGUAGCAUUGGUUUUAUUUAAUGGUCGGGUACGGCUUGUUUGGAAACCAUCUUAGGUGAUCUCUAUGAUCGUGGAUAUAAUUAAUUAAAUAGAAUGAAGAUAAAAAGUAAAUAAGCCAUGUUUUUUCCCCAGGUCGUUUGCCAUUGAUAGCGGUGGAUAGUCUGUGCCUCGGGGUUCCCAUGAGUGAAUGUUUUGGCCUUCUUGGUAUCAAUGGAGCCGGAAAAACAACAACGUUUCGCAUGUUAACUGGAGAUGAGACCAUGACAUCCGGGACUGUUGUGGUGGACGGGUUUGACAUCCGAGAGGACAUGAACAGGGUGCGUUCAUUGAUUCUAGCCUCUAGAGGGUUUCUUAGUAUUUUCAGUACAUUCGACGUAACUGCACUCUAACUAAAGGAAAUGUAACAUGGGACAAUCCUAAUUGCUCGACGAUUUUCAGCGUUGCAACAUUGUUGCGACAUUGCUUGGAAUUGUUAGAACAUUGUUCGAAAAUUGUUGUCCUAAAAUCGCCGUUGCUAAUCGUCUAGUGUAACAUCUUUUAAAUCAAACAAACCAUAUAUCAGAUCAUAGAACAGGAUUCGCCUUGCUAAAAAGGUUUUUUGUCCAGUUCUCUGCCCUCCACAAAUACCAACAUUCAGAGCCUCUUUCAUCAGAGUUGUUGUUCAUAUUUUUCUUGAAAAAGAACUUUUUGGCAAACUUUAACAUUACGCAUGUGUUGCUUCUAGGUUCGCCAGCGCAUUGGCUAUUGUCCUCAGUUUGACGCUUUAAUAGAUCAGCUGACCGGAAGAGAGUUGCUCGUUAUGUAUGCUCGGCUACGAGGCGUACCGGAAGUCUUGAUAGCGGAUGUUGUUGAGGAGCUUAUUCAAGCAUUGCUUCUUCAAGAUCAUGCGGAUAAGUUAACAAGUUCUUACAGGUACAGUUUCUGAUUUCACCAUUAAUACGCAGUGAAACCUUAGGAUACCCUUGCCUUUUUCGGAACUUAACUGUGGGAGCCUUAGCCUGUUGCAGGCGUUUAGACAGUUAGGAGCGGCGCGACGAUAGCUACUUUGCGCCGCUCCGAACUAUCCAAGCGCCUGGAAAAGGCUAUGCGAGCCCGAGACCCAGUUUACACCACCAAUUUUCACCUGUGCAACCCAUUUACACGGAACCGUGCAAAUUCUCCUGCAGAUUGCAGUAAUGUUUGCGGUUGAAAACCUUGCACAGUUCUGCGGGUUCCAUGCAAAUACAAGGUAGAUCCGUGCAAGUUUUUGUCCGUUCAAGAAUUUGUCUGGACUCUUGUAAACAGGUUAUAAGUUUGCCGUUUCGUCAAAUUGCAACAAAUCGAUUCUUAAUUUUGAAAUUAAAACCGACCAAUCACAGCGAAGAAAAGUCCUGCAUAUGAAGAGAUAAACCAAUCAGAGCUUGCAACAGAAAAAUGUAGCCGCCGCAAAGCGCGGGAAAACGAGGUUGGGAUUAUACUUCUGAUUGGCUGAUGUGUAAGUGGUGCGAAUUAUCUCAACCAAUCAAAUUGUGCGAAAUCCUGAUUGUUUUUUCAUGCAAUGGCCUAUUUCUUGGCUUACAAUUGUCCGAGUUUUCCUUUAACGUCAUCUUAGGAUACUUGCAGCUCGUGUCCGCUUUGUUCAUUCUUACACUACUGGAAAACUUGCGUGCGAAUCUUCCCAAGCCUAACUGCUCUGUGAACUAGAUGACAUAUCUAUUGGUAUGUGUUUGAAUUUGGUGGCUGUGAGUACCAUUCGCGUAAAACCCGUUUUCCUUUGCCCCUUUCUAGUCUUAUGCUUAUUAAAACGCGGCAAACAUCGCCUUUGUUGUCGUCAAAGCAGAGCUCGUACUCAUCACCCACAAAUGCUCGUUAAUGAGGUAGAAAUUAUCUUACUUCAAACAAUCGAGAAACACGGGGAUCGCACAAUUAAGGAGUCAAUCAGGUGCCCUUAUUCAACGAAGACAAAAAAUCGGGGUUAGUAAUACUUCAGUUCAGCUUGUAAAUGCCUAUCUGAGGGACACGAAUCAAGUCAGGGUUAAGGUAGCAUGUCGCAGGUUCCAAGAUGGUAUUGCAGUGCAGUCGUGCAGUAAAAGUGAUAUGAAAAACGCGCGGGGCUUGGAGGGAGAGACCUUUCCCUUUCUCAGGUCGCGCGCGUGUUAUUUUCCCCUUUCUUGUUUAUCUUCGCGAUGUCCCUACUAUCUGAGUGCCCUGGGCACAGGCUAGGUCACUGAGUGGUAUUUUUUAAACCUCUCCUUUCUAGUGGUGGAAACAAGCGGAAGUUGAGUACUGCCAUAUCGUUAGUAGGGGACCCCCCUGUGGUGUUUUUGGAUGAGCCUACAACUGGCAUGGACCCGGUAGCGAGAAGACUAUUAUGGGAUGCACUGUCACGUGUUCGGGCUGAUGGACGUUGCAUAGUGAUUACGUCACAUAGGUGAGUAUGGCCCAUGCUGUAGAGAAAAGUAGGAUGCUUGGAAAGAAUGCUUUCAUAGUCUUGGUUUUUUAAAGGUUAAACUGAUGAAAAAAAGUUAUGCCAGUUAUUUGGGGAUGUUUGCAGAAAGCGUCGAGGAUUGAAAAAUCAAUUCAGUGCUUGUAAGCAUUUGAAGCAAAGCAAAGAAAGGUUGAAGACACUGGCAACCUUUGCAUUGUGUUUUUUCGGUUCCCUUCAUUUCUUCCUUAUGUUUAGUUGUAAAGCUUACAAUCGUUUCUCCUUUAUUAUUCUUAGUAUGGAGGAAUGUGAAGCUCUAUGCACUCGGCUAGCGAUCAUGGUUAAUGGGCGUUUAAAAUGUUUGGGAAGCCCGCAGCAUCUUAAACACAAGUUUGGCGAGGGAUACACGCUUCUAGCUCGAGUAUCAAGCAACACACCCGACACUGCACCACUGAAGCAGUUUAUAGAGAGCUCAUUCCCUGGAAGUGUGUUGAAAGACGAGCAUCAAGGCAUGGUCCACUAUCAUAUCCGCGAUACCAGCAUAACGUGGGCUCAGCUGUUUGGGGCAAUUGAGAGAGUCAAACUGAACUUCAAUAUUGAAGAUUACUCUGUUAGUCAGACAACCUUAGAGCAAGUAUUUCUGAACUUUGCCCGAGGACAGAGAGAGGAGGACAGUUAA